CUCAGUCAGACAGAAGAGCCUGCACUCUCACCUGGUUUGGCCUGGCUGGCUCACUCCUUACCUCGGUGCAGCAGGGUCCCCAAAGGGGCAGCCCUUCUCUAGCCCCCAGGAUGCCUAGCAGAACUGUGCGUUAUUCUCGCUACAGUCCCCGGCAGCGGCGCCGGCGGCUGAUGGCAUAUCGAAGUGUCCGUUUCCCUAAUGAUGUCCUCUUCUUGGACCAUAUCCGCCAGGGUGACCUGGAACAGGUGGGGCGCUUUAUCAGGACUCGGAAGGUCUCUUUGGACACCAUCCACCCCUCAGGCCUGGCUGCUCUGCAUGAAGCUGUGCUCUCUGGAAACCUAGAGUGUGUAAAGCUGCUGGUCAAAUAUGGCGCUGACAUUCACCAACGUGAUGAGACAGGCUGGACACCCCUGCACAUUGCCUGCAGCGAUGGGUACCCUGACAUAGCCAGGUACCUCAUUUCCCUGGGGGCAGACAGAGAAGCAGCCAAUGAUGAUGGUGACCUGCCCUCCGACCUCAUUGACCCUGACUUCAAGGACCUGGUGGAGCUCUUCAAGGGAGCCAGCGUGGACUAAACCGCCCUGCCCUGGACUCCAACCUACCAUCUUUGGGCGUGACCUUGGCCCUUAUACCUAUGUCUCUGGCCUGGCUUUUUUUCUAAGUCAAUUUUUUAUUGUGACACUUUUUACUUUUUCAAUAAAUGUUAUCCCCAA